UCGGCUCUGCCUCCAGUCGUGCCAAGCGGGCGGAGGACCCGGCGCUGGGCACCCGCAGCCGCGUAAGGAACCGAGGCGGCGCGCAGCUGGAGGCGCAGAAUCGCGGGGCUGAGGCGGGAACUCGCAAGAGAAGAAGGAAGCGGUCCAGGGACAGCCACCAUGUCCUUCCCGCACUUUGGACACCCGUACAGCGGCGCUUCCCAGUUUCUGGUGUCUGCAAGUUCCAGUGCCACUUGCUGCGAAUCCGCCCGGCGCUCCGUCCCAGAUGUGGCCUCAGGCUCCACCCCGGCGGCCGCCCUCUGCUGCGCAUCCUACGAUGGUCGGCUGCUGGGCAGUGCGCGGCCGGAGCUCGGCGCGGCCUUGGGCAUCUAUGGAGCCCCAUACGCAGCCGCCGCCGCGGCCCCGAGCUACCCAGGCUACCUGCCCUACAGCCCAGAGCCGCCCGCGCUGUACGGGGCGCUGAAUCCGCAGUAUGAAUUUAAAGAGGCUGCAGGGAAUUUCACACCUGGCCUGGCACAACCAGGAGCCUAUUAUCCCUAUGAGCCGACUCUGGGGCAGUACCAGUAUGACCGGUACGGAGCAGUGGAGUUGAGUGGCACGGGCCGGCGGAAGAACGCCACCCGGGAGACCACGAGCACGCUGAAGGCCUGGCUCAAUGAGCACCGCAAGAACCCCUACCCCACCAAGGGCGAGAAAAUCAUGCUGGCCAUCAUCACCAAGAUGACACUCACCCAGGUGUCCACCUGGUUCGCCAACGCGCGCCGGCGCCUCAAGAAGGAGAACAAGAUGACUUGGGCGCCCAAGAACAAAGGCGGGGAGGAGAGGAAGGCAGAGAGUGGAGCAGAGGAGUCCCUGGGCUGCCUGAACAGUGACACCAAAGAUGGUACUGCAAGCCAGGAGGCUCGAGGGCUUCGGCUGAGUGACCUGGAAGACCUGGAGGAAGAGGAGGAGGAGGAGGCCGAAGAAGAGGCAGUGGCCACAGCUACGGACAGGCUGGCUGAGUUCCAGAAAGACUUGCAGUCGCUGCCCGCGCCCUGCGUCACCCCUCGGGAGGCCCGGCUGGAGCGCAGGGAGUGCGGCCCGGCGGCGCGCCCCUUUGCAUUCCCGGAGUCCCCGGGGUCGGGAGAAGCUGACUUCCUGCGGGCCGAGCCGGGGGGCCCCAGGUUGACCAUGCACUACGCCUGCAGCGAGAAACCGCGCAUCUGGUCUCUGGCGCACACUGCGGCCGCCGGUGCGGUCGAAGGUGCAACGCCAUCCCCUCCCAGGCCGCGAAGUCCCGAGUGCCGUCUGAUACUGGGACAGCCUGCAGGCGCGGGCGGCCGACCCGCCGUCCCCAGAGACUCCGUGUGCGAAGAGUCUUCCCGCGUAGCCAAAGCCUUUGGAAACCGCCCGUUUGCCCCGCAGGGGCUGCUGAUGAACUGUGCGCCGUGCCCGCGGCGGAGGGAGCCCGCAGUGCACUGCCAGUACCCGUCUGGAGCAGAAGGUUAGCGCAAUGACUGCGAUUUGCGGAAGGAUCUUGGAAAGAAGCCCUACUUUUCGAACUCACUUCCAUGCUCAGACGCUGGGAGACCUGGCCAGAGACUGGGGGGCUCUCACUUUGCCUAGGAGGCAGACAAACACACAGACACCCUUCUACCGGCUCUUCUUGCACGCAGAGCUGGGAGUGGCGGGCGGACGUGCACCGCGUCAGACCGGCUGGAGGAGGGGGCGGCUGGGCACCUUGGGCAAGGCCAAGUGGGAAGGCCGGGCAAGUCCGCCUUGCGCACCCACCCAGUAUACCAAGUCUCCCUCCCUCCUCUUGAUACAGGGUCUGAAGCA